CGGGCACGAGGCGGGGCCUGAGUCUGCUGCCGCCGGGAAGGAAGGCGGGCAGGCCGGACGGGGCGAGGGGGCGGCGCUCCCGCAACCCCCGGGCCUCCCUCGCACGGACAGUGCCCCCCCCCCGCUUUCCAGAAGGCGUGGCCAGGGGCGGGCCUUCCCCGGUAGACUGCGCCUGCGAGCGGAGGCUCUUGCCUGCCGCCGCUUCCCCCCAACCUGGGGGCGGUGGGUGCCGGUUCUGUCAAGCCGCCGCUCCCGCCUGGAGGUUGGCACCCGGGGCAUCCUUCCCCCAGUCCCUUCGCCCCGUCUUUCCGCAGCCCCCCUCCCCUCUUGAGCCGCCAUGGGGCUGCUGUCGGACCCCUACCGCCGCCGCGCCCUCGCCCGCCUCCUGCUGCGCCUGAACACGCCGCUCUGCCUGGCGAGCUUCCUGGUGGGGCUGGGCUGGUUCGCGGGUCUGGCCUUCCAGCCCUUCACGCUGCGCGCCUACAUGUCCGAGAACGCCAUGGGCUCCACCAUGGUCGAGGAGCGCUUCGCCGCCGGGGACCGCGCCCUCUCCUACGCCCGCGAGUUCGCCGCCCACAAGAGGAAGGCCCGGGGCAUGCCAGUGGCCUGGCUGGAGAAGACCAUGUGGAACCUGGGCCUGGAGGUGUACAAGCAGAGCUUCUCCCGCACGCUGCCCUUCCCUGAUGAGCUGCGAGAGAGAUAUAUGGUGAAAGGGACCAAUGUCUACGGGAUCCUGAGGGCCCCCCGGGCGGCCAGUACGGAAUCCCUGGUGCUGAGUGUCCCCUGCAGUGCGGGCCAAGAGAACAACCAGGCAGUCGGGCUGAUGCUGGCUCUGGCGUCCUACUUCCGAGGCUGCCCCUCUGCCCCAGGUCAGAUCUACUGGGCCAAGGACAUCAUCUUCCUGGUGAACGAGCAUGACCUCGUCGGCAUGCAGGCCUGGCUGGAGGCUUAUCACGACGUCAAUGUCACAGCAGUCCAGUCGUCCGGAAUGCUGGGCCGGGCCGGAGCCAUCCAGGCCGCCCUCUCCUUGGAGCUCAGCAGCGACGUCAUCACCAGCUUCGACGUGGCCGUGGAGGGCCUGAACGGGCAGCUGCCCAACCUGGACCUGGUCAACCUCUUCUACGCCUUCUGCCAAAAGAGCAACCUGCUCUGCACCAUCCAGGGCAAGCUGCAGCGCUCCGACUGGGACUCUGUUCCGGCGUACCUCCACUCCCUGCAGACGCUGCUGCUGAUGGUGCUGAAGCAGGGGUCCGGGCGGCCGCAGGGCGACCACGGCCUCUUCCUGCGGUACCACAUCGAGGCCAUCACGGUGCGGGGCAUCAACAGCUUCCGCCAGUACAAGUAUGACAUGGUCAGCGUGGGCAAGACGCUGGAGGGAAUGUUCCGGAAGCUGAACAACCUGCUGGAACGCCUGCACCAGUCCUACUUCUUCUACCUGCUCCCCUCGCUCUCCCGCUUCGUCUCCAUCGGGGUUUACAUGCCGGCCUUCGGCUUCCUCAUCCUCAUCCUCGUCCUAAAGGCUCUGGAUCUGUGGAUGAAGCUGAGCGGUUGUGACGUGGAGCCUGCUGACCAGUCGUGUGAUGGAGGCCCCGUGGCGGCAGAGGUGCCCAGACCAAGCCUGCUCGCGCUGGUGCCACCGCUGCUCAUCUGCCACGCCACGGGGCUUGCCCUGUACUUCGUGCCCAUCCUGGGACAGCACAUGGCCACGCACCACUUCCCCGUGUCCGAGUCGGAGGCCGUGGUGCUCACCGUCAUCGCCAUCUACGUGGCGGGGCUGGCGCUGCCCCACAACACGCACAGGGUCCUGGCAGGCUCCGGAAGCGACCGCGGCUGGAUGAUGCUGAAGCUGCUCGCCCUCCUCUUGCUGGCCAUGCAGCUGGGGUGCAUCGCCCUCAUCAACUUCUCCCUGGGCUUCCUGCUGGCCAUCACCAUGGUGCCCGUGGCCGCCGUUGUCCAGCCCACAGGGCCCAAGUCCCUGCAGGCCGUGCUGCUGGUGUUGGUCACGCCGGCUGCCACGCUGCUCUUCUCCAUCUUCCUGUACCACGAGCUCAUUGAGUACCCCAUCACGGUGCUGGAGUGCUGGCAGCGGUUCCUGCAGGCCAUUGCGGAGGGGCUCCUGGACCACCACCUCUACGGCUCCAUCGUCUUCCCCUUCGUGGCUUUCUUCGUCUACCCCUGCUGGCUCCUGCUGUGGAACGUGCUCUUCUGGAAGUAGCUCUGUGCUUGGGACUGGCUCUCCUCCCCCCAGGACGAACCGGGGGCAGGGCACCCUCUGCUGAAGCGGAGGCCCGUGGGCCAUCGCGGAAUCUGCAAGGCAACACGUCGUGGGCAGAGGGAAGCCGGCACGCCUCCUGGAGCCUCUCGGUGCUUGACCCAGAGGGUUCGGGGGCUGGGACGUCAGGGGCCAGUAUCAGAAGGCGAGGCUUGACUGGUGGUUGUGGGCUUUCCGGGUUGUGUGGCCGUGGUCCGGUAGAUCUUGUUCAUCUGUGGCUGUGCAGGCGAAACAUUGGGAACAAGAUCUACCAGACCUCGGCCCCACAGCCCGGAAAGCCCACAACAACCAAUUGAGUCCAGCUGUGAAAGCCUUCAACAAUGGACGGCUUGGCCUUUGCAGAGGGGGCAGGACAGCCUCUGCUCCAAUUGGGGGGGUAAGUGUUGUGCCCCCACCAGCCUGCAGCCCAGAGUCUUCCUCCUGAGGUGAGGGGGCUGUCCUGGUGGUCUCUGCUGGUCCCAGGUGCUAUCGGGUGGGGGUGGGCUUCAUCAGACCCCCAGCAGAUGAGGGUAUGGGAUGGCUGGGUGCGGAGUAAGGGGUGGUGUGGCUUUUGAUAUGAAAAUAAAGAGUGGUGGCUCUGAGA